AUGGGUAGCAGCACAGUCUUGCUCACCAGCAACAAUAUUGAUUGGAGAGCAUCACAACUGCCAUCAGGCUCUCAAAACAUCAAACUACGAGAGCUUCAAGGACAUCAAUCCAUCACGAGCUCCAGGGACCUGCCAAUGGGUUUACAAAACCCAACUUAUCUCAAUUGGCGUGAUAACUUGUCAAACAGCCUUCUUUUGGUAUCUACCGACCCAGGUUGCGGGAAAUCAGUGUUGUCCAAAUCAUUGAUAGAUAUCGAUAUCAAAGAAUUGGAGCCUGGAGCACUAGUUUGUCACUUCUAUUUCAAGGAUAAUGAGCAGCAGGAUCGCCUGAACAUUGCUCUAUGUGCCAUUCUUCACCAGAUAUUCACCCAGGGGCCAUCGCUGAUAUCUCAAGCGAUGGAUUUAUUCAAAGCGACCGGAGACAAAAUUCAGUACGAGACUUCCAGGCUGUGGAAAUUGUUGCUUCUGGUGGCCUCGGAGUCUCAGGCGCCUCAGAUUAUUUAUGUUCUUGAUGCUCUUGAUGAAUGUCAUUCAAAAGACGUGGAACUUCUAAUCCAGAAUUUGUGUCAAGCUUUUGAGGACUACAAAAGGAGCAGUAAUUGUGCAAGGCUGAAUUUCUUCGUUACAAGCCGUCCUUAUCUUGAGAUCCAAACCCUUUUCUCUUCCCUCACAACCGCAUGGUCACAGAUCAGACUUAAGGGGGAAGAACAGAAUGAUUAA